CAGAAACGGCCGAUUGAGCAUUUUGUGCCGUUGUUAUCAGUAGAAUUGCUGUGUGGUUCACGUAGAUUACAGCGCGCAAAGUCCCGAUCUGGAGAGUGAUGUAUACGAUCCCUUUGUUAGAGACUGGUCUGGUUCCAGUGCUGGAGAUUGGUGCAAUAGAAGUAGGCAGCAACCAGUCUAAAGUGCAUACAGUAGCACACAUUGAGGCCAAAGGUGUUUUUUUUUUUUACUUUGUCAAACAUUUACGUCAAAAUUUACAAAAUGACUUUGAGUAUGUUCUUGCCCCUUGGAUCAUGUCUUUGUCUUCAUUUUGAUUGAUAAUUUUUUUGGAGAGGACUUUGUUGUGGUUCUUAUGUCAAGUUCAAAAUGUGGCUCCUGAUUACCUCCUCUGAAUUCGUGAACUUUUGAUGGUUAUUGUAUGGGAACUUAGUCCCAAUAUUAAGAGACAUGAAAUCAGGUUGAGAUAAGAACAAAGCUUGUCAUCCUGCACAUAUUUUUCAAGUGUUUUCUUCUGGUUUGAUAUGUGAUGGCAGUUUGAUUGGAGAAAGAUACAUCCACGUUGGCCUUUGUCCUACUGAACUUCUCAACCUUUGCUCCACCAUUUCGUACCAUCUUUCAGCACACAGAUAGUGUACCAGUAAAUAUUGGCAAAUCUGUUGUAUUCUCUGUGAUCCAACCAGCAAUUGUGAAAUCACAAGUCAUUGUCACAUGAUGCUGGCUUCCAGUAGGCAAGUGUUGACGGCAUGGGAUAUGUUUGGCCAAUUAUGCAUUGCUACAAAGGUCUGUAUUCAGACAACUGGUACAGCAUGACUACAGUGGAACAUCAUUGGGGACAUACAGCACUGGCAACAGGUCUAUGAUCUGUCUCCUGGGAGCCAUUGUGCAGACAAGCUGGACUCCAGAAACUCUGAUUUAACCAAUUUUCAAGUGACUGUUUAGUACAGUGGAUCAACGUGAGUGGGCGUUAUCCUCGAUCAGAACUUUCAGCAAAGAAGUAAUCUGUGGUCUGCCGAAAUUUUAAAAGCACAGAGUCUUGCUAAUCUGGAUUUGUCAAGAUUUGAAGCUGGGUGAUCUUCAUUGUACUCACUUUAAGUGCAGUUGUCAUACACUUGACCGUUACAGUACUUAAUCUUUUCAACUUUCCUUGGACGGAGAGCAGUUUUCCAUUUGGACUUUACGGCCAUGUAUUCCAAGAUGUCUCACCGAAUCAUCAGCACUGUUCGGCGGUCGGUGGUGCUGUAUCUUACUGGUGUCUGCUUGGCGCUCAUCCUGCAUCUGCUACAGAUCCAGCGCAAUGUCACACUGUUCCCCGUCGAGGUGAUUGGAAGUUUGAUGAAGUCUGAUUGGUGGGUGCCUCCGGUCUGUGGAGCUGCUGCAGUGGUGGUUGGUCUACUCUACCCAUGUAUCGACAAACGCCUCGGGAAGUUCCCCUGCUACAAAGUGGAAUGGUCCAACGUGAUGAGAUGUCUAGCUGUCUUUGUUGGCAUCAACCAUGCCUCUGCUAAAAUUGAUUUUGCCAACAACCUUCAAUUUUCUCUGACGUUAGCGGCGAUGUCCAUUGGACUAUGGUGGCUGUUUGACCGGUCACGGACCGGUUUUGGUCUGGCUCUCAUUGUAUCGUUCCUUGCCACAGUGGUCACCCAGCUGCUUGUCUACAAAGGCUUUUACAGUUACACUGAACCUGAUUUCUUGUAUGUGCGUUCCUGGAUACCGUGUGUAUUUUUCUCUGGUGGGGUAACCAUGGGAAACAUCGGAAGACAACUUGCAAUGUAUGAAAUGGAAAAGGAACAUAGAUCGUGAGUCAUCUUGAGAUGCAGUCAUGUACAAAAAGAGAUGACUUUCAAGGAUCUUUCCUCUGCCACCGUCUUCAAGUUCUUCAAGCCACACGAGAUAGCAACUCUACCAGUCUGGAUGUUAUUUUGCUUUUUUUUUUUUUUCCUUCUUUCAAUUUUGCGAUAUUUUGGCAUCCAGAGCCAAGAUACUGGAUCUGUUGUGACUGCAAGCACUGCCAUAGCUUAGGAAAGAAAGCAGCAUUGACAGCAGAAACAACCUGCCAAGAACAGUUGAAACGGAAGAAUUCUUUAAGAUGGCAGCAGCUGGCUUGUGUAGAACAGCCAGACACCUGUUUAUAAUAAACCGCCAGUUGCCAUGCAACAUGACUAUAUUCUGCCCUCAUGUCACCGUGUUUUAUUUUGCCUUAUUUUCUUCAGCGUGUAUUGGACUCGCCUGAGAUGGCCUCCCAAAACGACCGGUAUGUGACCCCUUUUGUGGCUUCCAAUGAGGUUGAAAUCUUUCAGGGGACGAGUCUUAAAUUAACUGAAACUGCCAUUAUUCAGAUGAGUGACCUCUGACCCUGGGCCGCAAGAUGUGAUCUUUGGUCAUAACCUUGUAAUUGAAUCAUGUCAUCUUGAUUGAGUCCUUGCUGUUUGGACUGGAGCCUGCAGGAUGUGACCUUUGACCGAGGCUGCAAUAUUUGACUUUUGGAUAUGACCUAAAUGGUGGAAACCUUCACCCAGCAAUGUACUGUGGAUGGCUUUAUCACUUCUGAAGCUUGAAUGUGACCUGAGACCUGGAAUGUGACCUCUGUGACCUAUAUUAUGACCUCUGUCUAGAAGAUGACCUCUUGAAAAAAUAAGGCUUCUGUCAUGAUUUGGCUUCUUGACCUCUAGGAAAGUGACCUUGUGUGUACUACAUGUGUAUACCAAAGGACAAGCAGAUUGGAUGUUUGAAUUCUGUCUACAUUAAACUUUAAAAGGAAGUCAAGUUUAUUCUUCACUUUUUAAUCCAUCCUUGUUAUCAGAUACUCUGGUAAUCAUUCCUCGUAGGGCUUCCAAACCAAAAUUUGUUGUACUAUUUGGGUUUAUUGACAGAAAAGUGAAAUGGUACACACUGUAUAAACGCCAUCCCAUGAAAAGUGCUGAAUGUUGACAAGGGCUUUUUAUGAAGACGUUUGACUUGACACUAUUGAAUACAUUAUAGACUGGUACUUUUUUACUAUUUUAAAAUUCUUCAGUUACAUUUCCCUAACUUGAGAGAUGAUGGAAGAAUUACCCAGCUUUAUUCAUUGGAUUCCCUGUUGCAUAAAAAUAUUCUACAAUUUAGGAGACCUUAACACUGGAACUUGUUUUUGUUUUUCAACAUUAUAAAAACAAAGACUAUCACUAUUGGAGACAGAAAUGUUGCAUUUUAACAAGCAGAAGUGUAAAAAUUACUUCAUAACUUCAGUACAAUUACCAAGUAUUUCACAAGUCAUUAUUGCCAUGUUGUGAAAAAUUAUUUAAACAAACGGCAAAAAAUGCAAGUGUA